AUCUCCCCUGUCAUCCUGAACACAGUGAUGACCAUCACGGCAGCCAUGACGGAGAAACCCAAAGACGAGGCAGCAGAGGAGGAGAAGACCGAGGUCGGCAACCUGUGGUCCACCAUGAACAUCUACGCCUGCAACUACUGGUUCCUGGGAGUGGAUUCUGCCAGCGAGGUGACGGAGAGUUUCAGUGACCAGGACGGCCGUAACUUUGGGGAGAGUUUCAAGGUGGAUGUGAAGGUUAUUCAGGUGACCAUGGAGUCUGGUCUGGGCCACAGGACGGUCCCCCUGCUGCUGGCUGAGAGCUCUCUGUCUGGGACGGCCAAGAACUGGUCCUCCCUCCUCUACCUCUGCUCUGACAUGACCCUGGAGGUGAACUACUUCAAUGAGACCCAUGCUGUCUGGGAACCGCUGAUAGAGAGAGUGGAGGACGGCAAACGCAGGUGGAACCUCAAGCUAGAGAUGAAGAACAACCCCGUGCAGGAUAAGAGCCCUGUUCCCGGGGAUGACUUCGUGGUUCUCCCCGAGCCACGCACCGCCAUCAACAUCUGUUCCAAAGAUACCAUGAACAUUACCGUCUCCAAGUGCUGCCUCAAUGUGUUAACCAACCUGGCCAAGGCAUUCUCUGAGGGCACAGCCUCUACCUUUGACCACAGUCUGAAGGAGAAAGCCCCCUUCACCAUCCGUAAUGCGCUGGGCAUCCCUCUCACCGUGCAGCACAGUGCCAACCUGCGGGUGGUGGCCUCCCCCGGGCAGGGCAAGCUCCACGAGGUGGGGGUAGGGCAGAGCGUGGACCUGGAGUACUCUGGGUCGGGCACCUCGACACGGGGCAAACUGUCUGCUUUGCAACGCCAGGAGAGCUGCCUCUUCAACCUCAGCAUCGCUCCGACAGGUUACAGUGAGAUCUCCAACAUGACGGUGGAUCAGCCGGGCAGGAGGCUGUAUAACGUGAGAGAUCCCCUGCUGCAGGAGAACGUGUCUGUCUUGGUACAGACUGACGCCUCGGAAGGAAACAAGGUCAUCACCGUCCGUUCUCCGCUACAGAUCCAGAACCAUUUCUCAGUGCCGUUUACCAUCCUGGAUUGUCCCAAAUAG